AUGUCUUAUGAAAGAUGUUAUGGGCCAAAACAAUUUCCAUUAUAGAUUCCUUUGGGUUCUCUCUUUGAUGAUUCAAGAAUUUAUGCAGUAGAUAUGGAGUAAAGCUUAAAUGAUGAUAUUGUGUUUGGAGGAAGCUUAUUAGACAAGAAAACAAAUAGAACCUUGCCGUCUAUUGGCUAUUUUCAAACAGAAUUAGAUAAUGCACAUAUCAGAUGGAUUUUUACGUAUGAAGAUAAGAAUGCUCCAGAUAAAAUCAUGGUUCGAUAUCGUCUUAAUGAAUGUAGACGUAAAAACUGGAAAUCCUAUAAAGUCUCUAAGACUAUUCAGCCAAAUGCCUUCUGUAAGACCUUAAGCUUUUGA